AUGGAAGAGACAGUGCGACAGUCCGUGGCGCGGAUGACCUCCGUCGGUGUCAUUCUCGCCGCGAUACCUCUGCAUUUCAUGUUGAAUAUGUGGAAAAUGUUUGUCCGGACCUUGGCCUACCUCCUUUGGGAGGACAGGGCGACCAUCAUGAGUGGGGUGGAAUCCGUGUAUGCCCUAGAACCGAACUGUUCAAGGAGGAACAGCACUGUGCUGAGCUGGAUUAUCCUUGACCAUGGCCCGGUGUCGCUGGAGAAGCUGAGGCGGAGAAUCCGGGAAACGCUCGUCGAAGCCGGGCAGUCUUCAUUUACAUAUCGAUUAACCAGAGCAGAAUUUUGCAGACGAUUUCGUCAGCGAAUCGCCAGCUUCGCGGGAUUCUACUUCUGGCGUGACGCCGAUGUGCCGUUCAACAUCGAGAACCACGUGACUCACUUAUCUCGCAUUCCGGACGAUGCUACCCCGGAAAGCGACCAAGACGGUCACGUUCAUUACGCGUCCCACCAUGACCUUCCGCGCAUUGCGUCGUUGAUCUGUGAUUUGCCGCCGUUUCAACCUAGCCUCCCACCCUGGAACGUGUACGUGGUGCCGAAAAGGGACUUGUCGGAAGCCGUGAUUUUCUUUCGCUUUCAUCACUGUUUGAUGGACGCGACUGGUCUGAGUGUGAUGCUGGCGGCACUUUUUCGGGACAAGCGAAUCGCGAACAAGCACGGCAGCUUGAAGGAUCUGACGUUCUUGGCCAGGAGCUUUUAUGCAGCUAAAGCCAUUUUCGACAUCCCAGCGUUCUUGCUGAAUCAGCUUCUUCGGGCUCAUGAUGUGAAUCCACUUCAUGUCCCCGGCAUUAUCGCCAAUGGAGACGCUGGUCGAUGGGUGUAUUGGAGCGAAAAUCUACCAUCUGAAGUGUUGAAGGAUUUUCGAAAGAGGCUGAGUGCGACUUUGAAUGAUGUCGCUCUGACUGCUGUUUCACGGGGACUUCGUAAAUACAUGGAGCUCGUGUCCGAACGAGGCCUGAAAAACUCAUGGACUUUCAGUGCUUCGCAGCCCAUUUCCCUGUGGGUGAGGGGACAAACCACGAUCGGGAACUGCGUUAGCAAUGUUGUUUCCCCGUUGCCGUUCGUCUUGAGAACUCAUCCGUGGACGCAGCUGGAAGAAACAAGGAGCACCAUGGACCAGAUGCUGCGUUCUUCGUACCCAUGGGCAUCCUACAUGAUGCUCAAAUUGUUUCAUAACACUUACCCAAGGAGAUUGAUCCAGUUGCUCUCUUCCAUGAUGUCGGAAACGGCGACUGCUACUGUGACGAAUGUUGUUUAUUCACCCGACAUGCCGGAGUUGAUCAAGGAUGUUGGCCUCAUUGCAUCUUUGGAUCAGGGACAAGCUGUAGGAUUUGCCGUAUGCACAGCGAUGAAUACCAUCAAAAUGACGAUAGUUGCGGAUAAGUCGGCGUUUCGGACUUUGGACGACGUCGUCACAUUGAUGUGCGACCACUUCCUCCUCAAAAACUCUAAAGUCAGGGACUCGAACUGCCUAACCUGCUGA